UCCUCAUUCAUAUGACAGCGGUCACGUGGCAAUGACGUACACUGGACUUGCUUGUCUCAUUAUUCUGGGUGAUGAUCUUAGUCGUGUCAAUAAAGACGCUUGUCUGAUUGGUUUAAAGGCACUACAGCUGGAGGACGGCAGUUUUUAUGCUGUCCCAGAAGGCAGUGAGAAUGACAUGAGGUUUGUGUACUGUGCUGCCUGUAUCUGUUAUAUGCUGGAUGACUGGUCUGGAAUGGACCGCCAGAAAGCCAUCGACUACAUCAGAGGAAGUACUUCCUAUGACAGUGGAAUCGGUCAAGGAGCCGGACUGGAGUCACACGGUGCCGAUGAGGAACAUCGAGCGGGAGUUGAUCUGUCCCAUCUGUAAAGAGCUGUUCACUCAUCCGCUCAUCUUGCCCUGUCAACACAGUGUCUGUCACAAAUGUGUCCGAGAUGUCCUCCUGCCCAACCACGAGGACUCGUUCAGCACAGACGCCGGGUCGGAGUGCUCGACCCCGGCCAGUCCUCACUCCAGAGUUCCCUCUCCCAGUCUGGAGAAACUGGAGCGACUGGUGCGAGCAGCUUCACUGAGAAGGUCGUUUGGAGGGAGAGGGUCCAUCUCUUCUCCUGGAUGGAGGCGUUCUUCCGUCACGCCUCGCGUCACCACCUUCCCGUGUCCGGGCUGCCAGCACGACAUCGAUCUCGGCGAGCGAGGGAUCAGCAUGCUCUUCCGCAACUUCACGCUGGAGAGUAUCGUGGAGCGCUACCGCCAGGCGGCGCGUGCGGCCGUCGCCAUCAUGUGCAACAUGUGCAAACCGCCCGUUCAGGAGGCCACCAAGAGCUGCAUGGACUGCAAGGCCAGUUACUGCAACGAGUGCUUCAAGAUGCACCACCCGUGGGGAACGCCGAAAGCCCAGCACGAGUACGUGGGACCCACCACCAACUUCAGACCGAAGGUGUUAAUGUGUCCUGAACACGAGAUGGAGAAAGUCAACAUGUACUGUGAGGUGUGUCGACGGCCCGUGUGUCAUCUGUGCAAGCUCGGCGGUUCUCACGCCAAUCACAAAGUCACAUCGAUGAGCAGCGCCUACAAGAUCCUGAAGGAGAAGCUGUCGAAGAGUAUCCAUUACUUAAUCAGCAAAGAGGACCGAGUGCGGACUCAGAUCUCAGAACUGGACGUGUUGAUCCAUCAAAUAGAGGAUAACGGGCAGCUCGCAGAGAGACACGCAAACGAACACUUUGAACGACUCUUUGAGACUCUUCAAGAGAGACGGGGCGAGAUGUUGAGAUCCAUCGAGCAGUCGAGGAACCUGCGAGUGGAGCGACUGCGGGCACAGGUGGAGGAGUAUCAGGGCAUGCUGGAGAACAGCGGGUUAGUGGGAUACGCACAGGAAGUCCUGAAGGAAACCGAUCAGUCCUGCUUCGUUCAGACGGCCAAACUGCUGCACGUCAGGAUUCAGAAAGCCACCGAGUCCUUGAAGACGUUUCAGCCGGCGGCAAACACGUCGUUUGAUGAGUUUGUGUUGGACACGUCGAAGGAAGAGUUUUUACUGAAGGAGCUGAGCUUCAAUGGCGUUCCCGACUCUCCUGUGAUCGACCUGUCGCGCUGUCGUGUUUAUAACGAAGGUUUGAUCCACUGGCGUCUGUCUGAAGACUCUUUGCCCACCGAUCAUCAUGUGGUGGAGUUCAGGAAGCUCGGUGGCGAGGAUGACGAGGAGUCACGCUGGCGGUCGAUGGAGCAUGUGUACGGCUGCAGUACGGUGGUGUCUGACCUCGACAGCGACUCGAGUUACACGUUCAGAGUGAAGAGCUGCCGAAACAACACGUUCAGUCCCUGCAGUCCUGAGGUGACCCUCAACACCCCGCCAGCAGCAGUGUUCAACUUCCUGUUUAAUGAGAAGUGUGGAUUCAGCGCCGAGCGGCUGCAGCUCAGCAAACGGCGGGAUUCUGUGGAGAGCGUCGCAGGAAUGAGUUUCCUGUUGUCUGCCGAACGCGUCCACACGGGGAGUUACCUUUGUCUUGAUUACAUCAUCGGUGACACGGGCAUCUCACACGGCCGCCAUUACUGGGCUUUCCGCGUGGAGCCCAGUUCAUAUAUGGUUAAAGUGGGCGUGGCCUCGGACUCCAAACUGACUGAGUGGUUUCAUAAUCCACGAGAUACCAGCAGCCCCAGGUACGAUCAUGACAGCGGUCACGACAGCGGCAGUGAAGACGCUUGUUACGAGAUGUCACAGCCGUUCACACUCGUCACUGUCGGUAUGGGUCGACUCUUCAUCCCCAAAUCUUCCAUCACCGCCGCCUCAGGUGACCACGGCAACCGUAUCCUGCCCAUGCCGCAGAGAAUCGGAGUGUGUCUGGACUAUGACGCGGGUCGAGUGUUUUUCUAUGACGGCGACACAAUGCGCUGCCUGUACGAGCGGCAGGUGGAGUGUUCCGGCACCAUGUUCCCGGCAUUUGCACUGUUGGGCGGCGGGACGGUUCACCUGGAAGAAUUCAUCACGGCCAAACGACUGUCAUACAUGUGAGAGAGACUCUCUCUCUCGUCCCUGAACAACGGCAGAUGAUCGGCCCGUGACGUUCUGCUGUCUGAAUCUGGUUCAAGAGGCGAGUGUUCGAUCUUCAGUGCCUUUAAUGACAUCAGCUGAACAUCAGGGGUACUAACACACCGUACUGUCAAUGUGCACCAAUACUGUUGAUCAUAUUCUCUCAUAUUUACACAUAUUAAAUGAUGUAAACACUCUAUACUUCACUAUGAACACAAUCAUUUGUGCACUAAUAUUUCAAAACAAUGAAAUACAAAGAGCGUCUGUCCCGGGACAUUCUGUAAAUGAUUGUGUGCUCCAGAGUUUCAGAAUCAGAACCGCACAAUAUUAAUUUCUCUAUUAAAGACUCAUUAGUUGAUCCACUCAGAGGCUUUAAAUAUACACGUCAUUAACACGACACGCGUGUCACUGAACGAACUGGAAUAUUGAAUAUGGCCUUAUUGAAUAAUGUUUCCUACCUCUUAUUGAUUGUGCUGCAUCGAUGGGAUCGUCUGAUUCGGCACGUUUCACACGUUUGAUUUGAGCAUUUUAGGGAAACGAGUGUUUUGUUGAUUAAAAUGAUUUUGACUAAUGAAAUAUGAAGACGUGAACCGCAUGAGAGGACGAUGGACACAGUUUGUAUUUUACUUUGUCAUGAUGUUUUAGUCGAUCUGGUUUGACAUGUUUGUGAUGAUUUAAACAGAAAGUGUGUAAAUGAAUAUUAAAGUUUCUCCAUUAUUAGGGUCAUUAGAGGAGUGUGUUUGAGCGUGUUUGAGUGUUCAUGUCCCUAAAUGACGGUUCUUCAGUGGAGUUUUGCGGGUUUUAAUGUGUGUUAAUCACGUACUGAUAAAUAAAGCACUUGAGUUUAAGCACUUUAAGCAUGUCCGCAGAUAUAAUCUGUCUGUGGGUCUGUCUGUCUGUCUGUCUGUCUGUCUGCUGUGUAAAAUAAAGGAAUGUCAUAUUAA